GAGAGAGAGAGAGAGAGAGAGAGAGAGAGAGCCAUCUCUAGCUACGCCUUUCUCUAAGCCUCUGGAGCCUAAGGGCGCAAUCAUUCCAGGAUUUGGAAAGGGGGUAAAAACUGAAAAGGAUAAGAAGGAAGGCUUAAUCGCCCUCUCUCCCUCCCUUCCUCCUCCUUGGAGCAGAGGAGGGUUACUAUCGUGCUGGGGAUACUGGAGGGAAAGGAUCUAGGCAGGAAAGCUCUUAUUCCCCCCUCCCCUCCUGUCCCCCCUCCCCCCUCCCCCCCCCCCCCCCCUCCCCAGCCUGGUUUCCCAGCAGCAUCCCGGGCAAGAGGCAAAGGAGCUGUUCUCCAGCACCGCGGAGUAAUCGGCGCAGGGGAGCUGUCCAGUUCAGCACCACCACGUUAAUGCAGUAGGUGGGAGAGCCACGAAGAAGAGGAGCCAAAGAGCCAGAGUAGGGGGGUGGGGAGGGGGAGCCCCGAGAAAGAAAAAAAGCCGGGCAGCAAAUUCUGCAGCAGCAAAACAGUCGUACCCUUAUUUCCAGGAGCUUCGUGGAUCUAGGGAGGGAAAUCCGUCUUGAUUCUCCAGGAGAACACCCCUUCCUUUUCCCUCCCCCACUUUAAACAAGAUUUACCGGCCGCUACAUAGAAAAAUCGCUCUCGGGGCUGCUCCCGCUGCCGCGACUGCUGCUGCUUCCGUCCGCUGCCGCUGCUGCCGCCGCCGUCGCCGCCGCCGCCGCUGCCCGAGGGACAGCCAUGGAAGGCGAGAGCUCCGCACCUGUUCAGCUGAAAUCAAGGGCUUAUCGUAUACUAGGCAAUCUGGUUUGAGAAAACGAGAGCCAAGCGACCCCCAAGAAAGAUAACUGGAUUUUCAUGGCGCAGGCUGCAGAGCUUAGCACGAAGACGGAAGGUUGCAUCCCAGCUCUAACCAUCCCUAACUGUCUAGGUCCUGGUCAUGAGAGAUUGUGUUAAGAAUGAACCUGUGGAAGCCAUCUCCAAAUUAGCUAUCACAUAUGGAAACUGGAGACCAGAAUUUUAGGAAAAGGGAUUAAGGCAUCUCCUUUUGGGGGGGUGGGGGGUGUCUUUUUAUUUUUCCUUUUCUUUCUUUUUUCUUUUUCUUUUCUUUUUUCUUUUUGAUACUGCAACUGGAACAGUCUCUGAUCUCCAAAGGCAAGCCUCUCCUCCUGUGUGGUCUUUAUAAUUUACAGUUUUCCCUUGGGCUUUCUUACCUCCCUUUUUUAUAUUCUAUAUAAUAUAUAUAUAUACACAUGUACCCAUUAUAUUCUUAGUGGAGUUAUUAUUCUUUGAUUUGAUACACACUCUCACACACACACUCACUCCCAAGAAUCCGAAGUCAGUUUGGGGUAUUUAUAUAAUGAAGAAUUAUGGGGCUGUUUGACAGAGGUGUUCAGAUGCUUUUAACCACCGUUGGUGCUUUCGCUGCCUUCAGUCUGAUGACCAUAGCUGUGGGGACCGACUACUGGCUGUACUCCAGAGGGGUUUGCAAAACUAAAAGUGUCAGUGAGAAUGAAACCAGCAAAAAGAACGAAGAAGUCAUGACCCAUUCUGGAUUAUGGAGAACCUGCUGCCUGGAAGGGAAUUUUAAAGGUCUGUGUAAGCAAAUCGAUCACUUCCCUGAGGAUGCAGAUUAUGAAGCCGACACAGCAGAGUAUUUCCUCCGGGCUGUGAGAGCCUCCAGUAUCUUCCCCAUCCUGAGUGUGAUUCUGCUUUUCAUGGGGGGUCUCUGCAUCGCAGCCAGCGAGUUCUACAAAACCCGUCAUAACAUCAUCCUGAGUGCUGGCAUCUUCUUCGUGUCUGCAGGUCUGAGUAAUAUAAUUGGCAUCAUUGUGUACAUAUCAGCCAACGCUGGAGACCCUUCCAAGAGUGACUCCAAGAAAAAUAGCUACUCUUAUGGCUGGUCCUUUUACUUCGGGGCCCUGUCCUUCAUCAUUGCUGAGAUGGUGGGAGUGUUGGCUGUCCACAUGUUUAUUGACCGGCACAAACAGCUUCGAGCCAGUGCCCGUGCCACGGACUACCUCCAGUCCUCCGCCAUCACCCGAAUCCCCAGCUACCGCUACCGCUACCAGAGACGAAGUCGCUCAAGCUCCCGCUCCACUGAGCCUUCCCACUCCAGGGAUGCUUCUCCCGUGGGCAUCAAAGGGUUCAAUACCCUGCCUUCCACAGAGAUCUCGAUGUACACCCUAACUAGGGACCCCCUGAAGGCUGCCACCACCCCCACCGCCACGUACAACUCCGACAGGGAUAAUAGCUUCCUCCAAGUUCACAACUGUAUCCAGAAAGAGAACAAGGACUCUAUCCACACCAACACAGCCAACCGCCGUACCACCCCUGUAUGAAGCCAAGGCCCAGAGCUCCAAGUAGGGGCCAGAGGAAGGAGGCCAGGGGAAUAGGCCGGGCCAGGCUAGGGUCAGUGGGGGUGGAAAAAGAGGGGUGGGGGGUUUGGGGGGGAACAAAACCAACCAAGGGGAAACCUUCCAAAAGCAAAAAAGGAAAAAAAAGAAAAAAAGAAAAAAAAUAAGUCAACAACAAAAAAAAUACAAAAACAAAAAGAAGAGAAACAACAGGAAAAUGUGGGAAAAAAGAGGAAAAAACACUUUAAAAGCAAGAGAGAUUAAAAAAGAGAAAAAAUAGAAAAUAAAUUUAAAGAAAAUGCAUGAUUUCCCAUGUACCAUUAUUUUAACAUUUAAUAAAAACAAAUAAAAAAACAAGGGAACCAAGAGAAAUUAAAAAAAAUAAACAAAGGCAAGGACAAGGAGGGAGGCUCUCGGGAAUUUUUCAGGAUUUAUUUUUUUAAUUUGAUGAGAUUUCUUUUCUGUUCACUUUUAACCCAAAGUGGGCUCUGACUUCCCUUUAGGGGAUUAGAGGGGAGCAGAACCCCGAGUCCUCAGGGCAAUGAGAGGGCUGGGGGUGAUUAGAAGUGACCACCAAGCCCUGGAGUCUCUGGGUCCCCAAGUGAGGAAUUCCCAUGCCUUCUCUGACCCAGUACUAGCCUUUGAAAUUAUAAAUCUUUGGGGGAGUCAAGAUUUCUUUGUUUCUCCUAAAGCAUGGGAGGUAGGGGAAAACGGUGAGUUUCACAACAGCCACUGCCCCCUCUCUAAGCUCCCAGUGUUUAGUGAUGAUCCACUGUGAUCCUUCAGUCCCAUAGUGAUAGGGAAAGAGGGGAAGGCUGCCCAUGACUUUCCAGGAUUCCCAGAAAUCCUGGAAAUUUAUGGGAAGUUACUUUCCAAAUACUCCUGUGCUCAGGGUCAGUAGUGGUGAAUGGGGAAUAGGGUAGUGUACUUGCAUUGGGCAGAUCCAACAGGACCUAAUUUGAAAGAAGGCCACUGUUCUUGGGGACUUGGAAAACAAAGUCACUCUCUCCCAUUCCCGUAGGGAAGGAGAGGGAAAGUGACUCAGUUAGACUCACCAUCCCUCCCACCCCAGUCCCAGGAGUCAAAUGGUCCACUUGGCCCAGGGCUUCCAACUACUCUUCAAUUCCUUAGUAAAGAGUAGCCAUUGAACCAUGGGGUCCAUUGUUUCUCCUGGGCCAAGGGUUAGAGGAGAGGAAAUUCCAGGGAAGUAAUUGAUCAAAGUGACACUAUUAGAAAAAAUUUCUUAAAAAGAAAGAAAGAUACAUAGAUAGGAAGGAAGAAAGAAAAAGGAAAAAGUGGCUUUUUUAAAAAAAACUCCAAAAAUACUACAAACUGCAUACAUGUAAAUAUAAUAUGUGGAUUUCCUUGCAAGAGAAAUCAGAUCAUAUUUUUAUUUUAAACUGUUUUGCAGCUUUAAACUAUGAAAAAAGGGGGGUAAGAAGGGAAAUUUAAAUGUUAGCGGGGAAACAUAUAAAGAGAAAAACAGAAAAGAAAUCCAUUUAAAUUAAAUAAUUAAAAAAAAUUUAAGAACAAGAAAAAUCACCAAAAGACCAGGAGCAAGGCUGACUUGUGGAGAAAGGGGAAAUGGCUCUUUCCAUGAGAAAAAAAAACAAAACAUCUCUUCCUUACUACUGAGGGAGUAUAACUGAGAACAAAGACUACCCAUCCCAAGGAGACUCACACACAGAAACACUGACUCAUGCCCACUUGGAUUCAGUCAUCCAUCUAGAUUCUCCCUCCCCACCAUGUACAAAUUUCUCCUCUUCUCUCCCUCUAUAAUCCAGCCUCAUGUGCCCAUGUUCAAUCAAUACUGAAUCACACUCAUAGAAGCCAUAACACACAUACACACAUACACAUGUACUCAUGUACCACCAUACCUCCUUACUCAUAUCUUCACAGAUACUCCCAUACAUGAAAAGAGCCUCUGGUCUGGAAGCCAGGAGACCUGAAUUCUGGCCUCUAGUUCUGCCACAAACUUGCUGUGAGACCUUGGACAAGUGAUUUAAUCUCUCCUGGCCUCAGUUUCCCCCAUCUGUCACAUGGGAUGGGGGCAGGUUGGGACUGGAUGAGCUUUAAAGGCCCUUCCAGAUUAGAUGUCCUAGGAUUCUCAUUCACAAUACCCUAACACCCCCAGCUGCCACCAUGGGUAGACACUUGGCCAACAAUACUCCCAAUGGUUGACUCCCCCUAAGUCAAGGGACUCCCACCCACCCAGACACACCAAACUUCACACACACACACACACACACACACACACACACACACACACACAGAUCCCAUAAACCUCCUCACUGUGCUCCCCCCCUCCCUGACCCCCAUCCAUGUCAAAGUCAGAUUGCACACUCUGUGAGCAACCUCUGCCUUGGCAUGUUUGUGCUGCUGCUUUGGCAAAGAGAUAAGAUGUGCCAGGGGUCCCUUUGAACACUUUUAAUUCCAUUUUCCCUCUUUCAGUGCCAUGACCAAGUUAGAGAAUAGGAAAGAGGCCCUGAUGGGCAGGAGAGAGAAUGUCAUCCAUAUUCUCUGGCUAUCUCUGGAGCUUCUGUUAAGGAAACCUCCCUCUGGUUAUGAGCCUAGGGAACUGUCCCAAAUAUGGAGGCCAGAACUGUUGGCAGUCUGGCUGAUGGAGAGUGGAUGAAGGUCAGGCUCCCACUCAGUCCAUGUCUAGGGGCUAGAAAUGUCCUCUCCCCUUUCCCAAAGGGGAAUGGAGUGACAUUCUCCCACUGGACAGAACUUCAUCAGUGCUCCCACAACCUGAAAUCUUCACAGUGAGCAUACCAUUGUAUGAGAGCAGGCUUAUCCAGUGAGUUGAGUCAUUGACUCUUCCACAGAAGUCAAAACUGGCCUUGUCCCUUUCUAGACACAUACCCAAGCUGCAGUCUUUUCUGGUUGCCCAGUUAUGAUCCCUGAGGUGUCUAAGACAGCCACUGGAAGGGCCUAAAACCUUUAGUUCCUAGCUACUCUCUCCAGUACAAAAGGAAGGAGCCAGUGGCUGGUGGGGAGGGACUAAAAUUCAGCAUGGAACAUAAGACUGAAUCUCCCUCUCCACCCCUCUGACCCCCAGUCCCAACACAGCAAUACACUGGGCAGCCUGCUGUGUGCAUUCAAGUGAGCAACAUGGCCCUAGCAAACACAGAGAAAGAAGGGCUGUCAAUGAGCAUCUUACUGCUUUUGCUCAGUCUGGGCAGGACCUAUGGAAUGCCUUCUGAAUCUCAAUCAUCUUUUCUCCCACUCCUCCCAGACUCCAGACCUUAAAGAAUCUAAGACUAAAAAAAGAAAGGCCAAAAACAAAAAAACACCCAAGCGGCCAACCAAUGGACAAAUAAUGAAGAGUUUAAAAUGGCAUACCAUGCUCUGACACUGAUGGAGAGCAAUCAGGGCUGGACCACUAAGGGUCCUUUAAAGAACCUGAGGCCCACAGAGGGCUAGGAGUUUGCAAAGCCAAGGGAGCCAGAGAGUGUAAGAGAGCCAUUCAUGUGCAAAAGAGAGGGGGUAAAAGGGCUGGGGGGAGGAGAAAGGACUGGGACUGGAGAGGGUUAUGGCUCGUAUUCCAGCUCAGACCAGUUCAAGAAACCAACCUCCAUUUUUCUUUACUUUGUGGGGUUUUUUUUCAGACUGUUAAAAGAAAAAAAAUUUUAAAAAGCCGAAAACUAAAAAAAAAAAUCCUGGUACAUGAAAUAAAGAUUUUUUUUUAUA